AAAGCUCAUGAGCCACAAUUCAAAGGAGUCCAACAUCAUUGAAUACAAAGGAGACGUCUUCUUCGAAGAUACGCGGCUCCUGGUGCUCGAGAAAUUGGACAUCGACCUGUGGGACUACGUGGAGAAUUUCGCACAGCCAAUGCGAAUGGAACACGUCCGUACAGUUAUUCAGCAGAUGGCUGUUGCUUUGAAUGCAACAAAGAGUGCUGGCAUAAUCCACUGUGAUGUGAAGGAGGAUAACAUCAUGAUGGUGGAUCAUGUGAAGCAGCCCUUCAAAGUCAAGCUGAUUGACUUUGGUUUGGCCAAGUACAGAUCCGAAGCCCAAGCAGGAGAGCUAUUCCAAGUACUUGAAUAUAGAGCUCCAGAAAUCACCCUGGGCCUGCCGUAUUCAGAGGCCAUCGACGUUUGGUCCUUAGGCUGCGUGAUGGCCUGGAUGAUGACUGAAGAUAGUCUCUUCGGAUCAGGCUCAGACUCGGAAUACUUUACACUCCGACGCAUGAUCCGUCUGCUGGGUCUGCCGCCGCAACAUCUCAUCGAUGCUGGCCUGAGAUCGCAAUUAUUUUUUCAGAAAAAGUCUGAUGGUUUGUGGCGGCUGAAGACACCUAGAGAGUAUUUUGAGAGCGAUCUCGUCCACUCCGACCCCACGGUUUACAAGUUGGACUCUCUGGAUGAAAUGAAAACGGUGUAUUCUGAGACGGACAACCCAGCAGAGGCUGAUGAGAGGAGGGAGUGCAUCGAGCUGCUGAAGGCGAUGCUUCAGUGGGAUGAGGACGACAGAAUCACCCCCAGUGGUAUCCUCAACCAUCCUUUCAUCACCAAAAACUACCUCAACAGCAGCUCCCCCACCAGGAGUUGCGAUGAACCGAAACCCUCCACCAGCAAGUUCAUCAUGGUUAAGCCUGCAGACCCAGAAAACAGAAUUAACCUGACAGGCUUGCCCGAUGAGGACGAUGACCUUAAGAGCAGUGAGCACGAGGACAGUGAUUACGCUGACACUGCCGAAGACACCGAGGACAGCAAGGAUGGUCAUGAUGAUGAAGACACUGAAGUCAAUGAGGAGCAGAGAAAGACAAUGAAGAAGAACUGCUUCCAACGUGUCUUCUCUUGGAUUAAGAAGAAGUUCUGCUGCUGCUGUGUGUCCGAUGUGAUGAACUGAGCAGCAGUGAUGGACUGGACUAACAUUUCGGACUCACAGUUCCUGACCUCAGAAUCCUUGGCUGGCUUUCUUGUUCUCUUGUGUUUUGAUCUCAUGACUUUUCUGUAUCCCGUUCUCAGUCUUCUUUCCCCUCACCCCAACCGGUCGAGGCAGAUGGCCGCUCUGUCUGAGCCUGGUUCUGCCGGAGGGUUCUUCCUGAAAAAGGGAGUUUUACCUCCCCACUGUCGCCAAGUGCUUGCUCAGACAGGGAAUCCAAAGGAAAUUUUGGAUUUGUUGGGUUUCUCUCUAUAAUUUUGUCUUUACUUUUGUCUUGAGAUCACACAUUUGAACUUGUAAAUAAAAUGGAUUGAAAAUGAA